AUGGCUGAGGAUACGUUCGCUCCCCAGCCAGACUUGAAACCGACCAGAUACGCCGCUGCUGGUCCUCUCAGAGGCAAGUGGCCGCUGCACUUCAUCAGCACUGCGAGAGUGUUCGCCAGAGCCAAGAGUAUCUUCGAGAGCGCUGCCCCCAGUAGCCAGCCGCUGCCCGGGAGCCGGGGACUCUAG